AUGAAAUCCAUGAACACCCUCCCCAGCAUUCUAUGUCUCUUCUUCCUACACCUCUCUUCAUCAGCAAACACAAUUUUUGUCCUAGGAGAAGGCCUCGAUGACCCAUCUAUAAUUGCCCAAAGUAAUGACCCUAGUAACACAAUCUCCUUCUACAUGCACGAUGUUCUCGACAACCAACCCUACAAAGAAGAGCCAAUAAUAACCCAGCGGUUACCUAAUAACAACCAAGAAAACAAGCCAGACCUGCCCACAACCGAUGGCAGGGCAGACAUGGAAGGUCUCGAAUUCGGUCCAAUCACAGCCAUCGACCAGGCUUUGUACCAAUAUUUGGAACCAGGUUCGCCCGUGCUAAUAGGAAGUGCUCAAGGGAUUUAUGUGGCAAGCUCAGAUGAUGGAGUUGGACAUUAUAUGGUGGCUAUCAAAGCUUCUUUCUCUAAUGGGGAUGGACUCAAGUUUUUCGGGGUGCACCAAGUUGACACACAUGAGUCUCAUAUUGCAGUCGUUGGUGGGACCGGGAAAUAUCGUAAUGCAAACGGGUAUGCAUCGGUUAAGACAUUGGAUUUGGGAUCAAAUGGGAGGCCUUACAAACUGCUUUUAUUCAAUGUUCAUUUGGGAUAA